AAAAGCGCUCACCGAUAGAGUCUACGCAUCGUUUGUACGUGUAUUAUAUGAAACUGAACCAGAAAGCGAUUUCCUCAUAGAUCGGAUUGUUAAUGUUUCCCAGUCAAACAUCUAGAAUGAUUUCAAAAUCAAAGGUGCUGGUUUUCCUGCUGUUUUUCACUGGUAUUGGUGUGUAUGUCAAAACGGGCUACCAAUUGAUUCAUUAUGCUGUGGACCAAAAGCUGUGUGCUUGCAUAAAAUGUUUAUCAGAGGAUAAGCAGUUGCUUCUGGAUCGAUCGAAUAGAAGUGUUCAACCAUUUUUGACUGCAAACUUAAACCUCUCACAGAAUGAAUUCAACUGGUGGAAGAUCUUCCCAAAGAAUCCAGAUGUUAUACAACCCAAAUAUGACCACUGCAGGACUUGUGCUGUGGUGGGUAAUUCUGGUAAUUUAAGGAGAUCGCAUUAUGGACCGCUGAUAGAUUUACAUGAAGUUGUCAUAAGAAUGAACACUGGUAUUACCAGAGGCUUUGAAAAAGACGUUGGAAACAAGACAACUCAUCAUGUCAUGUAUCCAGAGAGUGCUGUGGAUUUGGAUGACAACACCCAUUUUGUACUGUUUCCCUUCAAGAUACAGGACUUUGAGUGGCUCAUUAAUGCCUCUACAACAGGAUUUACUGGAAGGUCAUAUAUGCCAGUGAAAUCAAAGAUCAAAACUAACAAGGAUUUGGUCAUGGUGGUAAAUCCAGCUUUUAUGAAAUAUGUACAUGAGGUUUGGCUUGGAAAUAAGGGACGUUAUCCAUCCACUGGCUUUAUGGCUUUGAUUCUUGCACUUCACAUUUGUGAUGAGGUUGAUGUGUUUGGUUAUGGCGCUGACAGUGAUGGAAACUGGAGUCACUACUGGGAAAUACUCACAACAAAGUUAAGAACUGGAGUACAUCCUGGAAAUUAUGAGUAUAACAUCAUCCAGCAACUAGCUCAGCAACAGAAAAUUAAGUUCUAUGAAGGCCUAAUGAAAAAAAUGUGAUUGAAUGCCAUACACUCAGUAAGGGAAGAACUGAAAGCCAAAUGGAUGUGUAUCUUGUUUGCUUGAGAGUUAUAUGUGUUGUUGUAAAAUGUAAGAGCUAUAUCUUAGAAGUGUGUUUUAUUGCUGGUAAAGAGUAGCAUCAUAAGUAAAUGAUUAUGAUGGUAAUGUUUAGUCUUCUCAAUUGAAUGGAAUAGGCCAUAGGAGAACAUUGUAUUUGGAUAGCUUGAACUAGAACUAUUGAUGGCCAAAUGAAGCUUUCUGAAGCAUUGAAGCUUGUGUUAAAAAACGGUUCAUUAAUCGAAGUGUUUCAAGAUAGUCCUGUCUGGUGACAUCUGGUGGCCAAAAAUAUGAAGAACGUCUUGAAUGUAGAAAUUAAAGUGUACUGCUUCAUUAUUAUGACUGCCCACUUUACAGAGUGGACUUCACAAUUCUGUCUGAUAAUGGGCUACCCUUGUGUUGCUUUGAACAUGUAUUUUUUGGCUGUUUUUUUUUUCUA